AUGCUCCCCGAGUCUUUGAAACCUCUCGACUCGUUUCUUUGGAAUUUGCGAAAGACAACUUUGAAUGACCAGACGCUCACUAUGCGAGUACCGACAUCACCACGCGUAGGAUCGACUCUCCUGCUACUGAAUACACUCGCCUCAACAACAAGUGCCGCCUACGUCCAGUUUCAAGAUUGCUACGAUGCCAUUUCUUCGGAGGUGGCAGCCUCGUCGAACACUCGACUCACGCCUGAAGGUCUCAGAGCCGCCCUCGAUAACUCUGAUGCCGUCACGAAACUCCACUUGAACCUCACGGGAAGCUAUCCUGGCGUCAAAACUUGCGAUCUUGUCCCGUCUUCAAACGUACUGGCGACUGUCGAGAUAACCAGCCUCACGGCCUCCAAGAGCUACACGGUACACAAUCUCACGACCAGUUGCCACGAAACGAACUACCCGAACCACGAUGUCGCCCUCAUCCGCCACCAAAUGACAUUCCUCCUCCAUCCGCCUUCUCUCAUCGACAGUUGGGACCUCAACCUACACCUAUCAUCCUUCUCGCAGCCAUUCACCUGCGUAACCGCCACGAUAACUCCCGCCCUCUCCCCAAUCGCCAAAUCCAUCGCCCAAUACCUUUCCCCGGCUACUCUCCUCCUAACCCUCCUCCUCGCUCUCUGGCACGAACUCCUCCCCCUCCAAACCCCCUCGCCAACCUUCAACGGCCCCUUCAUCUCCUCCCCCUCCCCAACCCACCUCACCCUCAUCUCCCAAUGCCUCACCACAAUCCAAUUCCUCUUCCUCUCCACCGCCCUCACAAUCCCCUACCCCUCCUGCCUCCGUCCCCUCGCCGCCCCCUCAAGCUGGUCCACCCUCAUGAUCCCCCGCGGGCCCGUCCACUCCGCGACCCCCUACUUCGGCCUCAAAGACGCCCUCUACGAAGUCAACGGCACCCUCACCGCGUCCCCAGGCCUCGAGCUCAUGACCCAAAUCCUCGGCGCCCCCGUCACGCCCCGCAGCUGGGCCAACACGCUCACCCUCGUCGGCCUCCUCCUCCUCGCCGCCGCCGCUGCCGCCCAGCUCGCCCUCCGCCGCCCCAGCAACCGCGCCCGCGCCGCCCGCCUCCGCGGCACCACCGACCCCGGCCUGCGCGGCACCGUCUGGACCGUCCUCCGCGUUUUCCUCACCUACUUCCUCACCCCCGUGGCCGCGUGGUCAACCUACCAACUCUCGGCCGCAGCCUUCCUGCCCCUCUACCACACCGUGCUCACAGCCCUCGUCGUGGCCCUGCUGGUCGCCGCGCUGUGGUGGGGCGUGACGCAGAACUCGCCGCGGAACAUGGGUUACCUCCUCCUCGACGCGUCCAAGACGCCGCAGACACCCAGCAGGUUGUCGCGCAGCCAGGACCGGUACGCCAUGGCCAUAUUCGCGCUCAUGUUCGUCCGCGGCGCGGCGGUUGGCGGGCUGCAGAUGCCGGGGGCCGGGGUGGUGCAGGUGCUUGUGCUGGCGGCGUGCGAGGUUGUGCAGCUGCUUGUGAUGGGCUUCACGUGGCGGAGUACCGUCUCCGUCGUCUUGAUACAGGAAUCAUCCCCGAACCACGACCCGAUUCGACUGUGGUAG